UUGCUAAAUCCUUGUCUGCAAAAAUGGCAAAAGCACUUGUUUCCACAAUCUUACAGCAGAUAACAAUCAUCUAUCAAAAAGCCCUGGAGGAAGUGAGACUACUAACGGGUGUUAAGGAAGAUAUGAGAAACCUCAAAAACAACCUCACAUCUAUCAGAGCUUUACUUAAAGAUGCUACAGAGAAGCAAAUAUCGGAUGAACCUGUCGAGUUGUCGUUAGAUUGGCUCAAAGAAGAAUCUCUUAACAUGGAAGAUACUUUGGAUGAGUGGAGGACUGUAAUCCUAUAUCAUCUAGCUGAUGGAGUUGAAAAUGUUUCGUUUCUUCAAAGGAAGGCACGUGUUUUCCUUAGAUGCUUUUCUUUUCAUCCUAUUAGAUACCAUGGCAUUGCUCGCAACAUAAAGGAAAUCAAUGGAAGGUUAGAUAAGAUUGUUGAGGAUAGAUUUAGGUAUCAGUUAACAAGCACAACAAUCAGUAAACUGUCAAGACAAGAAGAAAGCAAGUCUUUUAUUGAUGAGUCCAGAUUGCUUGGUCGAGAUGAUGUCAAAAAUGAAAUAAUCAACCAUUUGUUGUGUGAAACUAGCAAAGAUGAAGAGAGUAGCCCAAUCCAUACCAUCUUUAUAGUUGGGAUAGGAGGUAUUGGUAAGACUGCUCUCGCCCAACUGGUCUACAAUAAUGAAAAUGUUAAAGAACAUUCCACUUAUGGAGUCUGGACAAGUGUUUCAGACAUUUUUUAUGAGAGCAAAGUUGCAAAAGCAAUCAUUGUGGGGCUUCAAGGCUUAGAAAAACAAGCAAUCCUCCAGUUUGAGUCAGUUCCAUUAAAUGCUCUUUUAGAUGAAAUUUGCAAGUCCAUAAAGGGAAAGAAGUACCUUCUUGUUCUAGAUGAAGUAUGGACAGAAAAAGAUAAAGACUUUGAAGGACUAAAUGCUACAUUCAAAUGUGGUGCUUCGGGUAUUAGGACAUUGGUAACUACACGUAAGAGCACUGUUGCAACAAUUAUGGGAAGUUCACACACCAUUCAGUUAAGUAACUUAAGUGAUGAGAUAUGUUGGUCUAGAAUUAAGAAAAUGGCAUUACAACAAAAGGACCAAAGGACUUGUGAGCAGUUCAAGUCAGCAGGGUUGAAAAUUGCAGAAAAAUGCAAAGGUCCGCCCCUUGUUGCAAAGACUUUGGGAGGCCUCUUGCGAUUUAAAACUGGUAUACAAGGAUGGGAGAAUGUUUUGAAUAGUGAGUUGUGGAGAAUGGAAAUGGUACAUAAAGAUGUUUUUGUUCCUUGGUUGUUGAGUUAUCAUGUUCUGCCCUCACCAGUAAGACAGUGCUUUAUAUAUUUAGCUAUCUAUCCUAAAGACGAGCGUUUUUAUUCUUGUGAUUUGAUUUCACACUGGAAGGCACAAGGUUACUUAGGCUUUGAUGAUGAUGAUUACUCACCAUUGUAACUAAAAGGCUUUGAGUACUUUCAGUGCUUAGAAGCUCGCUGUUUCUUCCAAGAUUGAGAAUGAAGCUCAUUUUCUUAAGUGUAAGAUACAUGAUUUGGUACAUGACUUUGCUCUCUUUUUGACAAGGGGUCAGUUUAUGACAUUGGAGGUCUCCAAAGGUUAUAAAAGAUCAACAAUGAA